AUGAGUAACUUAGUCAAAAUUUUUAAAAAGAGUCAAAGUGAUUGGAGCGAAAAGGAUAAGACUCUCUUAGGAAAUUAUUUAAAGCAAUUAAAACAAUUCAACUUAAAUUAGUAAAGUGAAUUGACAGAAUAGAAAAUACAAUAAUGCAUUAAUGAGAUGGAAUAUUAGAGUUACUAAAAAGAUGAAUUUAUUUAUCAUUCUUAUGACUAUUGCGAUUAUAUUUACAUAUUACUAGAUGGAACUGCUAGCCAAUUAGUAAGUAAGAGUGAAUUAGAAAUUGAAAUGGAAAAGGGCAUACUAAUGUAAAUAUAACAAUUAGAAUAGAUGCUACAGCGUAAAUAGUAAAUAGGUCAAUCUGAAAGUGAUAAAGCUGAUUUGUACAUAUAAAAGAUUAAUGAUCUUAACAAUCAAUUAGAACAAGACAAUAGAUUCAACUUGUCAAGGCGUUUAAAAUAGAUUUUUGCUAAAUCCUCACUUGCUUACUGCUAGAAUGAAUCGUACUAUUUUGACAGCAAUUUUAGUAAUAUUUGCUUAUUUAAAGAAUAAAGCCAAAUAAAUUCAGGAAAUUUGAUUGGAGAAUAUACUGAGGAAUCAUUAAGAAAUCAGUCUAUUUUAACUAGCUCAGUGUGCCAUUUUUUGAAAUUAAAAGCUAGUGUUUACUAUAAAAUUUAUAAAAAAGAAAUAGUUCAGCAAUAAAAAGUGAAAUAAUUUUUGAAGAAAUUAGGUCUAAAUCAAAUAAACUAAUCUGAAAUAGAGUAGAUAAGCUUUAAUAUUGAAAGAAUUAAAGUGAAGAAGGAUUAAAUUAUUUUCAAGCAAGGAGACAAAGCUAAAUAGAUUAUAUUCCUUGUUUAAAAAGGCUCAUUUGAACUAAAAUUUUAUCUUAAUAAAUCAAUAUUAGAAGAGUCCCCUUCUUCUGAGAUUGGAAAAACUCUAGAAAUAGAUGCUGAUAAUAACAAAAACAUUUAAAACUAAAAUUCAACUACAUAAACUCAUCAUAAUGGAAUUAAUUUAUUUAAAAUCAACAAAUCAAACAUAAGUUGCUAAGAAUACAAAUUAUUUUAAGUUGGUGAAGGAGAGAUAUUUGGAUGUGAGGAACUUCAAAAUAAUUUUAGAAAUAUUUCUGUUAUAAGCAAAGAAAGUAAAGGAGUGCUUUAUAAAAUAAAAAUAAAACAACUUAAAGAAUUGCAAGAUAAAAGGAUUAUCGAAAAGAUUUAUCAAUAUGGGUAAAACAGAAUGGAAAGGAUAAACAGGAGAAUUCAAGAGCUUUAUUCUUAUGAAUAAAAAUAACAAUCUCCUUUAAAGCAGAUCAACAAAUAUUAUUCGUCUUGCUCAUCCUCGCCUUCAAACAGCCAUUUUCUGACAAACCAGCUUUUAGAACAGCAACAAAAAUCUCCUAUGAGCAAUACAUAGACAGAUAGUACUCUCUUAAUAGGCUAAAUUACAGAAAAUAUUGAAGAUGAAAAUGAUAACUUUGAAUUAGGCUCUAAUCGUAUGAAAAGCAUUUAGCUGUUAAGAUCUCACAGAUUUUAGAAAUAAAAUAAAAAUGCUGUUACUCCUUUGUCUACGAAUAUGUAAACUAAUUAUUCCAGUAGAAGAGCUUUAUCUAUGAUAGACUCAACUCUGUUAAAGUCUUAAAAUACUUUCUGCAUAAGCCCUAUUACUUAAAAGAAUGUAGACUGUAGCUCAAAUAAUGGCUCAACCUCAACAAACUUUAAUAGUGUAAAGACAUCAAAAAAUAAAUUAUAUAUUAUUGGUAAUCAACAACAGCUCAAAAAUUAAUAAUUUUCUGAUUUUGUAUAACUUCAUUAACUUUAAGAGAAAUAAGAUAUUUCAAAUUAUCAAUCAUAUUAAGAAGGAGUUGAAAUUGGAUCUUAGCUAGCAUUUUCGUCUUAGCCAACUUCUCCCACACACUCUAAGAGUAUAGAGAAGAAGAUUAAUUAAUAUAAAAAGCAAAACAGUUAACUUAAAAACGUUAUGAAUCCUCCUUAAUUUUUCCAUAAAAGUAAAUCCUUUCUUUAAACUUAAAAUCAAAUAAAAAUUUAGAGGUAAAAGAGUCAAACAAAAACAACUCUCUUCGUAAAUCAUUCUCAAAAUUUAAUUGACUCUAAAGCAUCUCAGUAUGACAGUUUAAAUACAAACAAUCAGGCUUCUAUCAUUUAAGAUAACUAAAUUUAACAGUCUAUAUUGUAUUCUAAAAUGCUUAAAUCAAGAUUGAUACACUUUUUGAACAACUAGUCAUAGAUGUAAAAGAAAAAGCAGACAGAUAAAGAAAAUUCAAAUUCUCAACAAAAAAUGAUAAAAUAACAAUAGCUCUCUCUAAACAGACUAAAGCAUAAAAACGUCAAUAACUUUUCUUACUUGCAAUUAUAAGAGCUAAAUAAACAAAAGAAGCAAAUGCAAUUAUAAAAAACUCCUUGCUCACUGAACUCUUUGCCAGAAGAAAAUAGUAAUAAUAUGAGUUCAAACAAUAUUAUUUAAGAAGCUUGUACCAUGAAAGAUUUAGGCUGCUCUUUCACUGCUAAUAACUCUCCUAAACAUAAAAAUAGUAACAGUAAAGGAAUCGUGUAUUAUUAAUUUUAAUAUUAAUAACCUCUCGUAAAGUAAAGAGCUUAUUCAAUUAAUGCUUAUAAACAGAUUAAAGAAAGUAGAAUAUCUUUAACUAAUUCCCCAUAAAAAAAUAUUCAUACAAAAACCAUUUAUCAGAGUCAAAGUAAUUCUAAAUACCUAGAUAUUUCUUCAAGCAAUAAAAAUAACUUAGUUUCUUUCUAAGAAACUGAUACAAAAUUUAAAUAAACUCAAUCAUUCAAUAAUUUUAUGGCUGACACUACACUAAAUGAAAAUUCCAAAACCUAAGGUUUAAAUUCAACGAAUUACAAUUUUUUUGAACCUUAAGCUUUAACUUUAAUUAACACUCUCAAAGAAUAAGACAAACCACUUUUCAAUUUAGAAUUUAAAUAAAAUAGAAACGCUUACUAGCCUAAAUAUAAAACUUAAAAUAACUUUUAUAUUGGAAAGAACUUUAACAAUUCUUCUAUUAACCAAUCUAAUGCAGCUUCAAAAAAAAUAAAUAACCUAUAACAGCAACAAAUGCAGUAUCUGGAAAUAUCUCCAAUAAAAAUCAGAAAUACCUUUAGAGGAAAUACUUCCUAAGAGCACAACACCUAAAAAGAUUUUAAAAAGACUUCUACAGAUCCAGGAAAUAGAAGUAAAAAUAAAAUGAAAUAAAUAACAAACUAAAAUAUAUAAUAAUCAUAACCAUAGUGUUUCAACUGA